CCUUGCUCGACUGCUCGCCUAUGGCUGACUAUUAUGGUUAGCUAUGCAGGAAACCUAGAAACAACUUAUGUUAGCAGUCAAAGGCCAUCUUAAAAGUGCUGAAAAUUUACACAAGUUAACAAAAAAUAGAACAAUUAUUGAAUGAAUGCGCCCUCUAAUGUUGGGUGCCCUACCUAAUCAAAAUCGGACAUACUGUGUGUGGAUUAGCUAAAUCAAGAUAGGCACCGCAGGUAGCUAACGUGAACGCUAGCCAGAAUUUAGCUAAAGCUAACAGGCUAGCACUAGGUUGGUUCAUACCUGCAGUCCGACAUCCUUGUUCUGAUUCCUUCCUUGUUUGGUGGUCUGGAGGGGAAGAGGAAUCAGUUUAUUGACACGUCUACGCAUAAAGACAGUUCUGGACGGGCAAACCUCAUCAUAACAACGUACCUGAGGAUUAUUUUCUAGAUUGUAGACCUCUUGUGUGCCUGCGUGCAGCUGUGAAGGGAGCUCGGCAGCAGAAUGUGUGGCGUCGGCGAAGUCCUCGGCAGCGGCCCAGCGUAGAGCAGAGCGAGAGAGGCUGUGCAGCAGCGAUGCUCCUCCCGACGGGGUUCGCAUUAUGAACCGCGACACCUUCUCCCACAUUCGGCUGUGGUGCCCGCGCCCCUUCGGCACCUACUCGCAGAACCAGAAGCCAUAUGGAGGAGCGGGCACGGGUCCUGGCGGGGGUGGGGGUAGCGGCGGUGGCACGUCGAGCCCCCCUCCCCCGCUCUGCAAGGCGGACGCCGCCUUGGGUAGAACCUCCUUAGAGGGCGAGCAGGAGGAGGAGGAGGAGGAUGCGGGCACGGAAAACAUGCCCCCCAGCGAAGACGGCACCCAGACCAUGCAGCCCCCGCAGCCACCCCCUCCUCCCCCUGCACCACCCUCUCCCACUGCCGUGCAGGUGGAGGACGGGCGCGUGCUGCUGGACACCUGGUACGUCAUCAAGCCGGGCAACACCAAGGAGAAGAUCGCCUUCUUCGUGGCGCACCAGUUCAGCGGCGCGGGCCUGCCGCGGCCCAGCGCCAUGAAGGUCAAGGGCAACUGGGCCACCGACUGCACCAAGGCCAAGCGCCGGCGCCGCUGCUCCUCCUAUGACCCGCCCGUCCGCACGCCCGGCGAGGCGGCGCCGCCCGACGCCACCACCACCACCAGCACUGCUCACGCCGUGCCCGUGGUGGUGGACGAGAACGGUCUGGCCGGGGUGAGCGAGACGGAUCUGCUGUCGGUGGCCGAGAUGGUGGCUCUGGUGGAGCAACGCACGGCCAUGGCCUUACAGGGCAUGGUGAUGCAGGGACAGACCAUCACCACCUCGUCAUCUACAACGUCUAACCACCACCAUCACCACUCCCAGGCCAACGGCGGCCUCUUCCUGCCCGACUCGGACUCGGCCCCGGUGGUCUACAUGUCCGAGGAGGACGCCGCCUCUCUACCGGACUCCAUCAGCACCGAUUUGGACGAGCAGGGGCAGGAGGGCGAGGAGGAGGACGAGGACGAGGAGGGGGAUGAGGAUGGUGGUGAGCUGCAGCUGGGAGAUACAAGGCGUGUGGCCCAGGCCGUGGCACACUACGAGUCCCAGCAGAGCGUGGAGAACGCGACGCCACCAGCCAAAGACAGGGCGUCUGGCGGGGAGAAGGUGGGCGGUUUGGGUUCGGCUCCGGGUCCGCCGCCGCCGCAUGCCAGCCACGGGCGGGGCGAGGUGCGCAUCGCCUUCCGUGUCUCAAGCAUCGACUCCCGCUCGCAGUCGGAGCCCGCCGGCCGGCCGCCGCGCUGCAUGUUCAUGAGCUGCGGCUCGGCCGGCACCCAGACGGGAGCACGCGCCAAAGAGAAGAUCACCUGCGACCUCUACCAGCUGCUCAGCCCUUCAUCUCGAGACCCCAGUCUCCUCCUGGCCCAGGGCGCCUCCUCCAAGGCCGCCUCCGCCGACGGAGGAGACGCACAGCACUCCGACAGGCCUCCCUGCUCCUCCUCCUCCGCCUGCACCUCCUCCUCCUCCGUCAUCUCUCCCUGCUCGGCCGUUGCCGAGGGCGCCGGCCCCGAGCUGGGGGUGCCCGUGGCGACGGAGACGACGACGACGAAGAAGAAUGUUUCCCGCGAGCGCGUGACCGGCUUCCACGUGGAGGUGGUGGUGACGGGCGCCGUGGAUCAGUGCGUUUUCUACGGCAAGGACAGCACCGAGAAUGUCCAGGAGGAGACCGUGUGCUUCGCCAAGAGCGGCGGCGGCGGGGGAGGGGUGGGCAGCUCCACAGACGCCGGCGACGACCCCCCGCCCGGCCAGCUCUUCUUCCUGCAGCCCGCCACCCCCGCCGACGAGCACGACGUCACGGGCACUAGCACUAAAGGCGGCGUAGGCUUGAUCUCGUUGGACUGCGCCAACAACAAUAACAACAGUGGCGGGCCCUUAGUGGGGGGUAAGGGCGUGUCGGGCGUCGUCGCCAACGGGGCGGGGGAGCGCCCCAUUUCGCCGAUUCUAGAGGACGGCACGGCGACGAGCAGCCCCGAUUCGUCGUCGUCGCUGUGUCGACUCUACCGGCACGUGUCUCACGACUUCCUGGAGAUCCGUUUCCAGAUCCAGCGUCUGCUGGAGCCGCGGCAGUACAUGCUGUCGCUGCCCGACCACAUCAUGGUCAACAUCUUCAGCUACCUGCCCACGCGCUCACUGGCGGCGCUCAAGUGCACCUGCCACGACUUCAAGGCGCUGAUCGAGACGUACGGCGUGCGCGCCACGGACUCGCGCUGGAACCAGGACCCGCAGUACCGCGACGACCCCUGCAAGCAGUGCAAGCGGCAGUACGCGCGCGGCGAUGUCUCGCUCUGCCGCUGGCACCCCAAACCUUACCACCACGACCUGCCUUACGGACGCUCCUACUGGAUGUGCUGCCGGCGCACAGACAAGGACACGCCGGGCUGCCGCGUCGGCCUGCACGACAACAACUGGGUGCAGCAGCCCUGCGACCACCUGGGCCAGACGCGGGCCAAGCGGGACGACGGCAGGUAAACGGGGCCGGAGUGGGUGAACACGGCGGACUAUUUCAAGGGGUGAUGGGAUAUUUUUUUGCUUUUUUGUUUUGUACGUUUUUAUUUUUUUUUAAUGGAGGGAAGAUGAGUUUUAAGUGGGGAGGCAGGGGGUUCUCAUCACUUCCUCCUGCUCCAUCUCUUCCUCGUCUCUCUCUCUCUUCUAUUUCCUUCACUAUCCCUCUGUCUCUCUCUCUCUCUCUCUCUGUCUCGCUCUCUCUGUGUCGCUCCACCACUGCACCCCGUCCGCCCUACCCCACGGCCCAUAUGCCUGCCUGUUGGUACCUCCAAUGAAUGCCAUCGUUAAAUGUUCGGGAAGUAAUGUCCAGUUCGUUGGCUGGCCUCCUCUUCCGGUCUCGUCGGGCCGGCCGCUGUCUAACCUCGCUAUCAUGUCUGUAUGAGUUCUGUCCUCGCAGUAUCACUCUCUAACACACAACACAACACAUUACAUACAACACACCUGUAUUUAGCAGGCCAGUGCACACACAAUGAGGAAGCAAAGAGAGGAGGCUGGUGAAUACUUUUUGCAAUUAUGUCUGCUGCAUGGGAUUCAAAAUAGAUCUUGGCAUUUAUACUCGUGAAAAGAAAAAAAGAAAUGAGGUAGUUCCUUUUGUUUGUUUUUUGGCUUGGCAAUCUGUUUUGGCGAUUGAUUUCUGGAAUUGACCCACCCCCUCCUUUAACCUACUCCAUACAGGAGGGAAACAAUGGAGGGUGUCGCAAAAGAGGAAAAAAAUAUAUAUAAAGGAGCUUAAAAAGUUUGCUGUCAAAAGACUUGCUUAUCUCAUAUGGGGAGGCUCUUGGGAAAGUCUCAACAAAAGCUGACACUGGGGGGGCAUGAAACAGAGCAAAAUUGAUGUCACUUUGCAAAGGCCUGAUGUCACUUUUUUGUGAAAAGAAAUUACUGCUACAUCAUAGAUUACUUUUUGUUUGGUUGGGUGUGAAUGAUUGUUAUUGUUAUUAUUAUUAUUAUUAUUAUUAAGAUUUUUUUUCUUCCCUUCCUGUUUUUGAGGACUAUGUUCUCUCCCCCUUUUUAUCCUGUUUUUGUGUGUUUGUUUGUAUUUUUUGUUUUCUGGAAUUUAUGGUUGCAAUUUAAUUUUAGAUCUUUUACGUUUUAUUUUGUUUUUUGUUUCCUCUUAUCUCAGACGAGAACCUCCUACCUAGCCUCUCUCCUUGCUGGCAGGCAGAGGAAGCCCUUUGCCAAAGCAGUCUUGUGUGUGGUGGGUUUCUUUUUUUUGUUCUGUUUUGUUGUUUGCUUCGUGUGGGGUGCAUGGAAGAUUUGCAAACCCACAACGAAAUAAAUGAAUACAUAAAAAAAGAGGACCAUAGUGAGUUUGAGAGAAGAACACCAGCUUCCAGCCUUAACCCUGCUCAUUCCGCUCACUGCCUCCAACCCCACUUUUGGAGAAAACUGCUUAAAAAAAACAGAACAGGAGAAUGCAGAACUUUAUUUCCAUGAGAACUUAACAACACCCUCGGCUCUGGGGGAGUUUGGGAGACCGUUGUAGGUUUCAGAGAUGUCCAGUGCUAAUGGGAAAAAAUAUCUACGUCUAAAAAUAAAAAGAAAUGAUUUAAA